GGGGUUAGGAGCGGGAAGUUGUCAGUGCCCGAGGGGAGAGGCUGUGCGGUGGACGUAGGGGUGUCUCCAGGAAGGGGUCGACAGCUGGGGGCGCCCAAUGGGGCCGCCGAGGGGGCGGAGUAGGGGCCCUCUGGUGACGUAAGAAGACCAGGAAUAAGGAAAAGCAGGGAAAACUGAAACCUGCUGCUGUCCGCGCUGAGGUUUGAAGAGGGGAGUGUUCACGCUUUUAAGGAACUCUCCGCAGUCGGAAUCGACUCGACGUCAACGGGUUUGGGUUUCUUCUAGGGGGAAGGAGUCCUGGUGGCGCAGUGAUUAAGCGCUCGGCUGCUAACCGAUAGGAAAGGUAGGCAGUUGGAAGCCGCAAGCCCGUCUGGGCUCUUUGGGAGAAAGGUGUGGCAGUGUGCUACCUUGAAGAUCUGCAGCCUUGGAAACCCUCUGGGACAGUUCUCUGUCCUGUAGGGUCGCUGCGAGUCUGCUGGACUGGGUCUGCCAUUUUUAUUAAUAACUGCCAUUUAAAGAUACUAAAGUAAACUUGCUAUAUUUACUAUUUACCAGUUCUGAUUAGAGGCACAUAGAGCAGCAAGAAUGGAAGAGUACACAAUGUUUUUAGAGAAAAUCUCACAGUUCAUUUUGGAGGAAAUGCCAAAAGCUGAAUAUUCCAGUUUAUUCAAUGAUUUUGUUGAAUCUGAAUUUUUUGUGAUUGAUGGAGAUUCAUUACUUAUCACAUGCCUCUGUGAGAAAUCAUUAAACCUGGGGCAGAGUCUCCACUUCUUCUACCUGGUUGAACGCUAUCUUGUGGAUCUUAUGAGUAAGGGAGGACAGUUUGCCAUCGUUUUCUUCAAGGAUGCUGAAUAUGCAUAUAUAAGUUUUCCUGAACUUCUUCCUUUGAGAAGUGCUUUAAUUCUUCAUCUUCAGCGUAAUACCACCAUUGAUGUUCAAACUGAAUUUUCAGGAUGCUUAUCUCCAGAGUGGGAAUAUUUCUUGGAAGAGCGUUAUCCGUAUUUCCUGAUAGUUUCAGAUGAAGGCCUGAAUGACGUACAGACAUACCUUUUCAACUUUUUAAUCAUGCAUUCUUGGGGAAUGAAGGUCAAUGUCGUGCUUUCUUCAGGACAGGAGUCUGAUAUUCUCCGACUUUAUGCAUACCUUCUGCCAAGCAAGCAUAAAAACCAAAUAUUCUUCAAAAUGAAUGAAAAGAAGAUUGAGGAUGCUUACAAAACCCUGAUUAAACAAUUGGAAAAUGAUAGAGUUUUAAAAUUAGCACCUCUUUUUAAAGGUUUUUCUUCGACGGAUAUGAUGAAAGAGGCAUGUAAGAGUAUGUCUCUGCUUAAGCAGCUCUGGCCACUAGGAUCUGACAUUCGGUGUGUUUUUUGUGUUACUUCAUGCUCCCUGUCCUUGAGUAUGUACCAUCGCUUUUUGGAAAACAGCAAGAAGACUGCCUCUGGUCAGGUGAAUCAUAAUUACUUAGCCCUGCAGGAGGUGGAAGAUUUGUGUAGAAUGCAUUGCCUCAGUGUGGCUUUUCUACUCCACUUACCUCUUUCUCAAAGAGCUCGGGCUAGAUUCGUUACUUCCCAUUGGAUUAAGGACAUUCAGACUUUCUUUAAAAUGAAAAAGUGGUGUGAUCAUUUCAUCCUAAGUAAUAUAAACACUUUUGAGAAUCUGGAUUUAACUCAUCUUUCUGACUUAAAUGAUGAGCCUUUGCUGAAGAAUAUUGCUUUUUACUAUGAAAAUGAAUAUGUUCAAGGCCUACGUUUGAAUUUGGGAAGCGUCAUUAUGAAGGAUUAUGAACACGUCUGGAAUACUGUGUCAAACUUGGUCACAGAGUUUUUGGUUGGAAAGCCACUUCCUCUGCGAACAACAAAACUUAAUUUUCUCAAAAAGAAUCCUUCACCCAUUAAAGAAAGCUCCAUGGAAGAGAUGCCUAAUUUGGGUUUUAUUCCAGUGUCAUGUAAGCUGGUUGAUGAGUUUGUUGGAGACAUUUUGAAAGAUUUGCCUUUUCUAAAGAGAGAUGACCCGACUGUUGCUUCCCUGGUUAAACAGAAGGAAUUUGAUGAACUUGUACAUUGGCACUCCCACAGACCGCUUAGUGAUGAAUAUGACCAGACAAAGAGUCACUUUGAUGAACAAUCUAGAGAUCCUCGUGCUCUUAGAUCCAUACAAAAGUUUCAUGUUUUUCAACGAUUUUAUGGGAAUUCAUUAGAAUCAGUCUCUUCAAAAGUCAUUGUAACUCAAACCAUUAAGCCAAAGAAGACUCUCAGUGGACCCAAGAGCAAAAAGACACAUGAGACCAAAGCUGAAAUAAUCACUAGAGAAAAUAAGAAGAGGUUAUUUGCCAAGGAAGAACAGAAAGAAGAACAAAAAUGGAAUUCUCUGUCAUCUUCAAUUGAACAGGAAAUGCAAGAGAAUUUAACUUCUGGAAUAAAGAACCUGGAAGAUUUUUUGAAGUCAUGUAAAAGUAAUUCAGUGAAGUUUAAAGUUGAAAUGGUAGGGCUGAAUGCCUGCUUGAAAGCAUGGAAAGAACAUUGCCGAGGUGAAGGUAAAAUCUCAAAAGAUUUAAGUAUCGCUGUUGAAGUGAUGAAAAGGAUCCACUCCUUGAUGGAUAAAUACCCAGAACUUUUGCAAGAGGCAGAUCAUCAAUUCAUAGCCAAAUGCCUUAAGUAUCUAGGAUUCGAUGAGUUGGCAAGUUCUUUACAUCCAACCCAGAUUUCAGGAGACGAGAUAAAGGAGAAGAAAAAGAAUAAAUAUUCAGUCGACAUUGGACCUGUUCAGUUUCAGCUACAAUUCAUGGGCCAUUAUUUGAUACGAGAUGAGAGAAAAGAUCCAGAUCCCAGAAUCCUGGAUUUUAUUCCUGACACAUGGCAGCGAGAGCUCCUGGAUGUUGUAGAUAAUAACGAGUCAGCAGUGAUUGUUGCCCCAACGUCCUCAGGCAAAACCUAUGCCUCUUACUACUGCAUGGAGAAAGUGCUGAAGGAGAGCAACGAAGGGGUGGUUGUUUAUGUUGCACCUACAAAGGCCCUUGUUAAUCAAGUGGCAGCAACUGUUGAGAAUCGUUUUGCCAAAAACCUACCAAGUGGUGAAGCUCUGUGUGGUGUUUUUAUAAGGGAUUAUCGUCAUGACGCCCUCAACUGUCAGGUACUUAUUACAGUGCCUGCCUGCCUUGAAAUUCUGCUCAUUGCUCCUCAUCGCCAAAAAUGGGUAAAAAAGAUCAGAUAUGUUAUAUUUGAUGAGGUCCAUUGUCUUGGUGGAGAAAUUGGAGCAGAAGUCUGGGAGCACCUCCUUGUCAUGAUCCGAUGUCCCUUUUUGGCUCUUUCAGCUACAAUAAGCAACCCAGAACAUCUCACUGAGUGGCUACAAUCAGUAAAGAGAUACUGGAAGCAGAUGGACAAUGUAAUUGGAAAAAGUACUGCUUCAAAAAGAAAGAACUCUCACAAAGACUCCUUGCAGAUAAAGCAAUCGUAUAAAGUUAGACUUGUUCUCUAUGGAGAGCGAUACAAUGAUUUAGAGAAGCACAUAUGUUCCGUGAAAGACGACGAUGUUUGUUUUGAUCACUUUCACCCGUGCGCUGCCCUCACAGCAGAGCAUAUUGAAACGUAUGGGUUCCCAUCUGAUCUUAGCCUUUCACCUCGAGAAAGCCUCCAGCUUUAUGACACCAUGGUUCAAGCCUGGAAAACUUGGCCCAGAGCCCAGGAACUGUGUCCAGAGAAAUACAUUCAUUUUAAGAACAAAAUAGUCAUUAAAAAGUUGGAUGCUAGAAAAUAUGAAGAGAGCUUAAAGGCAGAAUUAACAAACUGGAUUAAAAAUGGCAAUAUAGAGGAGGCCAAAAUGGUACUGUACGAUCUUAGUUCGGGUAUAACUGAUAGUACAGACAUCACGGAACAAAUGUUUCCACUUCUUGUUGAAAAGCUAAGGAAAUUGGGGAAGUUACCUGCACUAUUUUUUAUAUUCAAUCUAAAAGAUGUGGAAAAAAGGGCUCACAGUGUAAGCAAUUUUCUGAAGGAAAAGCAGGAGAGUAAAAGGCCUCCCAAAGCUGAUAAAGAGGCCCAUGUCAUGGCUAACAAACUUCGGAAAGUUAAAAAAUCCAUGGAAAAGGAAAGGAUAAUAGAUGAAAAAAGUCAGAAAAAGGCCAGAAAAAUGGAUCAAAGCCUAAUACAUGAAGCUGAACAUAACGAUCUACAGAAGACUCUAGAGAAGAACCUGGAAAUCCCUAAGGAUUGCACAUACGCUAAUCAAAAAGCAGUAGACGCUGAGACUUUGCAGAUAGUGUUUGAUCGAGUAAAAUUCCAAAGAAAAGGUGAAGAACUGAAAACUUUGGCAGAAAGGGGUAUUGGAUAUCAUCACAGCUGUUUGAGCGCCAAAGAAAAACAAUUAGUUGAGGUUCUCUUUAGGAAAGGAUUCAUUAGGGUGGUGACAGCUACAGGGACACUUGCUUUAGGAAUCAACAUGCCUUGUAAAUCUGUGGUUUUUGCUCAAAACUCAGUCUAUCUGGAUGCUUUAAAUUACAGACAGAUGUCUGGACGUGCUGGAAGACGAGGUCAAGACCUGCUGGGAGAUGUGUAUUUCUUUAAUAUUCCACUGCCUAAAAUAGAAAAACUCAUAAAAUCCAAUGUUCCCGAGCUGCGAGGGCAGUUCCCUGUCAGCAUAACCCUGAUCCUGAGGCUUAUGCUGCUGGCCGCCAAGGGAGAUGACCCAGAGGAUGCCCAAGCAAAGGUGCUGUCCGUACUAAAGCAUUCAUUGAUGACCUUCAAGCAGCCCAGAGUCAUGGAGAUGUUAAAGCUUUACUUCAUGUUUUCUUUGCAGUUCCUGGUGAAGGAGGGCUAUUUAGAUCAAGAAGGUAAUCCGAUGGGGUUUGCUGGACUUGUAUCACAUUUGUAUUAUCAUGAGCCUUCUAAUCUUGUUUUUGUCAGCUUUCUUGUGAGAGGCCUUUUCCAUAAUCUCUGUCAGCCAACCAGGAAAGGCUCAAAACAUUUUUCUCAAGAUGUUAUGGAAAAGCUAAUGUUGGUAUUAGCACACCUGUUUGGAAGAAAAUAUAUUCCAGCAAAGUUCCUACAUGCUGCUGUCAAGUUUCAUCAGUCAAAGGUGUUCCUUGAUGACCUCCCUAAGGAUUUUGAUGAUGCCUUACAUGAGCAUAACAUGAAUGUGACACAGGACUUCGCCUCUUUCCUACUCAUUGUUUCCAGACUGGCUGAUAUGAGCCAGGAAUACGAACUCCCACUGUCAAAUAUCAAAUUUACAGGUAAAGAAUGUAAAGACUCCCAGCUUGUGGCACGCUUGAUGAACCACAAGGAAGGAAGAAAAGCCAUUUCACCAUUUGUUUGCCUUUCUGGGAUCACAGAUGUCGAUUUGUUUCAACCACAGACUGUAAUAAACCAUGUCGUUCUGCGCACAAUAGGUAUCAAUGGCAACCAGGCUCCUCUGCUGUGGUCACAACGAUUUGAUAACAAAGGAAGAAGAAUGCCACUUAACGCUUACGCACUUGAUUUCUAUAAACAUGGUUCCUUGAAAGGAUUAGUGCAGGACAACAGGAUACAUGAAGGUGAAGCUUACACGUUAUUGAAAGAUUUUGCACUCACAAUUAAAUCUAUCAGCGUUUCCUUGCGUGAACUCUGUGAAAAUGAAGAUGACAACGUGGUCUUAGCAUUUGAACAACUGAGUACAACCUUCUUUGAAAAAUUUAACAAAAUUUAAAACAAGAUCUCCUCCAAACUAUUUAAAAUAUCACCACAGGUGUUUUUAAAGUCAUAUUUUGUGAUUAUCAGGACUUUUUGUCACAAAUACAUAUUUGGGGCUAUAUGAUGAAGUGAAAAGAGCAAGCAUUUUGAAGUCAGAGCUAUGAUCAAACUUGCCAUGCUCUAUCAUGUGUGCCCUUGGACAAACUAUUUAAUACCUCUGAGUUUCCAUUUCUUUAUAUAGUUGGCUAAUAAUGCUUACUUUUCAGGGAGCUUGAAGAUUGAUUAAGAAAAAUGCAUGAAAAUGGACUUGCAUAGAAUAAUAGAUCAAUAAAUGGCAGUUCUAUUUUUGGUAUUUUGAAGCUAUUUACACUUGAAUUUUAAUUUCCAAAUAUAACAUUUUAAAUCAUGCCUCUGCUUUAUUGAGGACCCAUGCUAAUACAAAACAGUAAAUUAUCUAUUUAUGCAUUAGUUAUGUAAGAAGGAAAAAAGACAACAUUGAGCCUGCAAGGGACACAGCGCUGUCUUUUGGAAGAAGAAUCUGAGUCUUGAACUGUUUUUCUAGCAUCAGUGAUAGUUUUAUUGCAACUCAUCCACAUUUUCUCUUUAGACUUCUCAAAGACCAUCAGCACGACUUUCUAAUUCUUGGCCAUGGUUAAGGAUUUUGUAUAUGACUGAAAAACAGUUUUCACUCUGUGAGGACUAAGCGAAUAUUAAAUUCUCAUUAUUUUUCUCCUCAGUGUCCUAAUUUUUAAAAAGUCUAGGGCUAGAAUAAGUGAUUAAAGUAAUUGAAAGGUGAAAUAUAUUCUCUUAAUUAUAAUCACUUAAAUGUUACUAUGUGACUUAUGUAUAGCUAGCAAAUAUUUUUAAAAUAUAAAAUUUUUAGUCUAAAUGAGUAUUUUUGUUACGAAUUCUGUGAUGUUUUAAAGAUAACAUAUAGCUAAUGAUUUUAUUUUGUUUUAAUUGUAUAUAAUAAAGAACUGGGAAAACUAUAAAGAAAGAAAAUGAGUCUAAUCUGUUUACCAUUGUUCUCUCUGUGUUAAAUCUAAUCAUCUGUCACUCUAUUUGCAAAUAUGUGUGCAUUUUAUAUAUAAUAGCUUCUAUGUAAUUGUUUUACCUCCCUAGCCUAAGCCUCAGGUCACAGUUCUGGAAUCUAUUUUAGACCCUAAACUUGAAUUGAGAGCAUUUUAUUUUCUGAGCAAAAGGCCUCUCUCAUCUAAUACGCAGAUGUCUGAUGUCUUACUGAAAGAACAUCUAUUGUAUGACAUUAUUUAUAAAAUAGGUUACAUUGAGAAAAACACCCAUAUUUCAUUUUGUCUGGAAUAUAACUGACCUCUCAUCGAUUUAUAUCAAGCAUGUGCCAUGUUGGGGGUCUCUGCUUUCUUAGGGCUAAACCCUUUUCACUAUUUUAAGAUAAGCACUGCAGCAACC